AUGCCUUUCCAAAGGCCCUUCAAUGACCUAGCGACAUCUGCCCAGGAUAACGAGCCUCAAUUAGAUGCCUUCGGGCCUCCCUCAAGCCCGUUAGCUUUGUUCCGUCCUAAGAAGGAUGGAAUCCGAGUGGGACAGCGCAGCCUGGAGACGAACCGUGGUCUUUACAACGAUGAGACUUCACCCCAGGAAGUGAUCCCUCAAGCGAGCCCCGAGGCUUUCUCUGGCAAUAGGCAACGUCGAAAUCAGUUUAGCAACAUCACACCCUCUGUGCGGGGAAUAGUUCUUGUAUCAGUGAAUAACCUACCGGAGAACUACCGCACGAUGUUUCCCUUCCCACUUUUCAAUGCCAUUCAAUCCAAAUCCUUCCACUCCGUCUACAACAGCAAUGACAACAUCGUUCUGUCCGCGCCAACCGGCAGCGGCAAGACAGUGGUGAUGGAAUUGGCUAUAUGCAGACUUCUGAAUACUCUCAAAGACGAGCGCUUCAAAGUAGUCUACCAAGCACCCACUAAGUCUCUCUGCAGCGAGCGGUUCCGAGAUUGGCACUCCAAGUUCUCCAGCUUGAACCUCAAAUGCGCAGAACUGACCGGGGAUACAGACCACAUGCAGCUGCGCAAUGUCCAGAGUAGCCAGAUUAUCAUUACGACGCCCGAGAAGUGGGAUAGCAUGACUCGGAAGUGGAAAGAUCAUAAGAAGCUGAUGCAGCUCGUGAAGCUCUUUCUCAUUGACGAGGUACAUAUUCUGAAGGAAAAGCGUGGAGCUACGCUUGAGGCUGUGGUUUCUCGGAUGAAGAAUAUCGGAUCGAAUGUGAGAUUUGUGGCUCUGAGUGCUACUGUUCCCAACUCCGAGGACAUUGCUACCUGGCUUGGGAAGGAUGCGACAAACCAACCUUUUCCUGCGCAUCGCGAGCAUUUUGGCGAGGAGUUUCGUCCUGUCGUGUUGAAGAAGUUUGUCUAUGGAUUUACGUCUAGCCUGAAUGACUUUGCGUUUGAUAAAGUCUGUGGUUCAAAGUAUGUGGCCUUUUAUGAAGUUCUUGGAUGCCCUUUUGCUACCGCCUUCUCUAUUUUUGAGUUUUUCGUUUGGUAUUCUGACCAUUGCUUUGAAAGGUUACCCGAGGUGAUCGGAAUGCAUUCCUGCAAGAAGCCCAUCUUGAUUUUCUGUUGCACACGGAAUUCAUCGCUCGCGACGGCGAAAGAACUAGCUCGGCUCUUCACAUUGACGAAUCCGCCCGCCAGGCUUUGGAAGGAACCCAAGAAGCGCCUCGAAGCCCAUAACGAGGAUCUUAAAACAACACUUCCUGCUGGUGUAGCGUUCCACCAUGCUGGUUUGGGCCCCGCUGAUCGCCACGCAGUUGAGACAGGGUUUAGAGAGGGGAAUAUCUACGUCAUAUGCUGCACGUCAACACUUGCAGUUGGGAUAAACCUACCUUGUCACCUCGUCAUAAUCAAAAACACCGUCAGUUGGCAAGAUGGAGGCUGCAAGGAGUACUCGGAUUUGGAGAUGAUGCAGAUGCUCGGGCGCGCGGGCCGGCCUCAAUUCGACGACAGCGCAACAGCAGUCAUUCUCACCAGGAAGGAGCGUGUGGCUCACUACGAGAAACUUGUUCAGGGGUCAGAGAGUCUGGAGAGCUGCUUGCAUUUGAAUCUGAUCGAUCAUCUAAAUGCCGAGAUCGGUCUGGGGAAUAUCUCGGACGUGGAAACGGCUGUCAACUGGCUUGCAGGGACAUUUUUGUUUGUAAGACUGCGUCGGAAUCCGACGCAUUACAAGCUCAAAGAAGGGGCAAGCCAAGAAGAUGAGGAUCAGUUGCUUCGCCACAUCUGUGAGAAGGACAUAGAUCUCCUUCAAAAAUGUGGUUUGAUUGAAGCCGAGAGACUACGUUCAACCCAAUUUGGCGAAGCCAUGGCUCGGUACUACGUCCGGUUUGAGACUAUGAAAGUUCUAUUGUCACUGAAGCCAAAAGCAUCUCUGUCCGAAAUCCUUAACGUUGUCGCACAAGGCGAAGAGUUCCACGAGAUUCGCCUCAAAGCCGGCGAGAAAUCACUCUACCGAGAGAUCAAUCGUGACGCAGGGAUUCGUUUUCCUAUCAAGGUCGACCUAGCCCUUCCAGCUCACAAAAUCUCACUACUCCUCCAAUCAGAGCUGGGGGCUGUUGAAUACCCUAACAAUGACGCUCUCCAAAAGCAUAAAUUCACAUUCCAACAAGACAAAAGCCUAGUCUUCGCGCAUGUUAACCGACUAAUCCGUUGCCUGAUUGACUGUGAAAUUGCCCGCGGCGACUCAAUCGCGAUCCGCAAUGCCCUUGAACUCGCUCGGAGCUUCGGAGCAAAGGUUUGGGACCACUCGCCUCUUCAAAUGAAGCAGAUCGAGCAAGUGGGCAUUGUUGCAGUUCGGAAGUUGGCUGCUGCUGGGAUUACCAGUAUUGAAGGGUUGGAAUGUGCUGAGGCUCAUCAGAUUGAGAUGGUUCUUAGCAAGAAUCCGCCUUUCGGGUCGAAGUUGCUUUCAAGAUUGAAGGAAUUCCCAAAAUUGAGGGUUUCUCUGAAGAUGCUUGGAAAGGAAGUGAAAGUUGACUGCGUCAUUGUCCGAUUCAAGGCUGAAGUUGCGUUCAUGAACGACAAGAUCCCGACGUUCUUCCAACAUCGCCCGAUUUAUGUUUCUUGCUUGAUAGAGAGGUCUGAUGGAUACAUGAUCGAUUUCAGACGCACAAGCGCGAGCAAGCUCCAAGAGAAAUUGGAAAUUGAACUUACCGCAGGCUUGACCAGUGUGGAGCAUCUUAUUGUCUGCCAUGUUAUGUGUGAUGAAAUUGCUGGGACAUCCCGACAAGCUGAGCUCAGACAUGACCUGCCAUCUAGCCUCUUUGAUACUGUGCGAGAUAAGAAUACCAGUACCCAGAAUAUGGAAAUUUCGAACCUACUAUCUCGUCCCCCCAAGGGGAAUGUGAAUUCCAAAGACGAAGAAAAACCUAAGACCGAUGUGUCUCGUCCCCACGAACGAGAUAUGACUAGUAACAAGACUAAGGCUCGGUGGGACGUGGAUGAUUUUGAUGGCGAUGACUUGCAACUCGAUGAUUUCCUCAUUACGAAUGAACGUCUUGGCAAAGCCACGACAUCUACAAGGCCAAAACCUCGCGAGUUUGAUGAUGUAGAUUGGUUUUCAAUUAAUUCAACUCCGCCGAGUCCAGCUAGGGCAGCGCAGAAGAUCUCAAACGCCCGAGAAAGUGACUGGACGGUGGAUAUGGAUGCGCCUGCGAAUGAAUACGAGCCUGUUAGACUUGCAAAUGGCAAAUGGGCAUGCAACCACAAAUGCAAAGACAAAACAAGUUGCAAACAUUUCUGCUGCCGUGAGGGUUUGGAAAAACCCCCGAAGCCACCGAAGCGGACCAUCCCCGCGAAUCAAAAGGAAGCCGGUCUCAAUCAACUGACUAUCUCCACCAGCAUCACAAAGCCAACCCCAACCGCUAAAUCAAUUAUGGAAAAGCAAGGGGUCAAACACUGUGCCACGGGGCCAAAGAAUGACGACCAUGCUUCUAAGGCGAAGAAGAUAUCAACAUCGCAAGCAACAAAGAACAUUGCAAGUUGUGAGAAGUCUGUCCUUUUGGAGAGGGACAAGAACCUUUCUUUUUGUAAGAGAAAGUGGGAAAAGAGUCCGGCGAACCCCCUCUCCAGUGAUUAUGGUGAUGAAACCUUCGACGAUCUACCAUUACCAUCUUGUCUUCUCAGAAAUAGGGGAUCAGGGCUUGCAACUUCAGUUUUUCCAGUGAUGGAAGAUCAGGCGAAGAGCAAGCCCACGGAUUAUCCGAUCGUUGAAACGAAGAACAUAGACCCCGAGCCUUCUCCCUCUGCUUCACGGUCAGGCCAACCUCAAAACAACCAAACGAAGCCAUCAUCCCACACACCUCAACACGAGAUAAUCGAGAUUCCGGACGACACACCGCCAUACUCAGCGGGAUCUCCAAAGACAACUAACAAAGAGUCUCCUGUCAAGAAGAGCACACUCUCACUCUCACUAAGAGCAGACUCACCUCCCAACCUGAAACGGAAGGCAAGUCAAGACGAAACUGGAACGGAAAAUUCAAAGCGGGCGAAGCAAAGUCCCUGUGUUUCUGCUUUACAGUUUCAUGGUUCAAACAUUUCGAAUGAUGAAAACCCACUAAAUCCAGAUCAGCCUGCGUCUUCUGUCUCUCCUGUGUUUCUCGAUUCUCCGGUUGCUGUUUCUCCUCUGAUCGGUGGUCGGAUGGAUUUGACUGCAUCAUGGCCUAAUAAUGAUGGCAUUGAUCUGCUUGAUGAGUUCAAAGAUAUUAUUCAACUUCUUUGA